AUGAAGCUCCCCAACCUCUUCAGGCUCAACGCCGUCCAAGUUGCUGCUCGCCAUGCCUCCCGUCCCUCCCAGCGCUUGCCAAAGUCCAGCAUCGUUGCUCUUCAGUCUCAAUCGCCCUCCACGUCCUGCAGCUCGUACCGCUCAAUCACAUCGUCGGCCGCCUCCCGUCGCGCAGUUUCCUCGUCCUUGAAUGGCUUCAACAGCACCCUCGACGACCGGGACGAACGACCAGUCCGAAUGAUCAUGUUCGGAAAGCCAGCUGCAGGGAAGGGGACCUUAACUAGCAGGCUCGUUAAGAAGUACGACCUGCUCAGCAUCUCCACCGGCGACCUCUUGAGGCAGCAAAUCGCACAAGGGACCGAGGUUGGGAAGCAGGCGGAGGAAAUCAUGGCCCGUGGCGGAUUGGUGCCCGACGAACUUAUGUUGAAGAUUGUCACAAGCAAGCUGGAUACUCUGCACAAUAAGCACUGGAUCCUGGACGGUUUCCCCAGAACCCUGAGACAGGGGCAGCUUCUCGAAUCACACCUCAGAACCCAAAAUACUCCUCUGACCCUGGUGGUCAAUCUUAACGUUCCCGAUGAAGUUAUUUUGAGCCGAAUUUCUGACCGUUGGGUUCACCUUCCUUCCGGUCGUGUGUACAACACUGCUUACAACCCCCCUCGAGUCGCGGGUUAUGACGACGUUACGGGAGAACCACUGACUAGGCGCCCAGAUGACAAUCCUGAAAUCUUUGCUCAGCGACUGCAAGCAUUCUAUGCUUCGACCUCCCCUCUUCUGGCCUAUUACGAGGCUCUUGCUUCUCAGACCAUUCCCCCUCCCGAAAAUCCCCACUUGCAUCCCCAUCAACUUUCCAUCCAUCGCCCAGCCAAGCUGACUCUUCGAAGUCUCACCGGAAACACUUCCGACGAGAUCUGGCCAGAGCUGGACUACAUUAUGAUGUCCAUGUUCCCUGGCUUGAAGAAGCGAUCAGAUCUUUCCACUAAGAAGCGCGACUCCAGGGCAGAGCCUGUUGCUGCUACGGGUCUCCUCGCCGCUGCCGCCGCCUUGAAAUAG